CACAACAACAACAACAACAACAAGCGACAAAAAGACAACCACCUCUCCUGCUGCACCUCACCCUUGAACGCGAUGGACACGACGGCGUUCCGCAGCUCGUCGCCGACACCGAGCGAGCGGGCUUCGACCGACUUUGUCGCUCGCGAGAUGAGCGAAGCUGCCAUUGCAGUGACGGGGGUCCAACGGUCUGCGACCCAGCAGGAUGCCCAUGCCAAGAACGUCAAGGCCGUCAUCAUUGUUGGUGGUCCCAAACACGGCACGCAGUUCCGGCCACUUUCCCUGAAGUGCCCGAUGCCACUGUUCCCUGUGGCUGGCAUGCCGUUGGUGAUGCACCACAUCAACGCCAUCAGCAAGGUCGACGCCGUCUCGGAAAUCAUCCUCCUCGGCAAGUACCCCGAGAACAUGUUCGCGGACCUGGUGGUAGAUGCCAAGCGUCAAACCGGCAUUGCUGUCAGGUAUCUUCAAGAGUACACGGAGCUUGGCACCGCUGGCGGCCUGUACCACUACCGCGACCUGAUCCUGCGCGGGAAACCAGACGUCAUGCUCGUCAUGCACGGCAACCUUUGCUGCGACUUUCCUCUCCAGGAUAUCCUUCGCUUCCACACCAACGUCGCAUCUGGCAAGCACACCACCAUCAUGGCCGUCAAGGCGCGCAAGGAUCAAGCGCACCAGUACGGAAACAUUGUGGCGGAUUCGUCCACCAACGCCAUCAUGCACUACGUGGAGAAGCCGAGCACGUGCGUGAGCUGCGACGUCAACGGCGGCGUCUACGCAUUCUCCCCAGAUAUCAUCGACCAGAUCAAGGAGGUGUUUGUGCGUCAAUUGGACAUGGGCGUUGAGGGCGCCAUUCACUUUGAAAACGACAUCUUCCCAAAGCUGGCUGGCUCGGGUCAGGCGUUUGUGUUCAAGUUUGACGGAUUCUGGAGCCAAGUCAAAUCAGCAGGCUCCGCGGUGUACGCGAACCGCUUCUACCUCAGUCUCUACCGCUCAAACGACCCAACGCAGCUCGCACAAGCAACAGCUGACGGCCCCACCAUCGUCGGCGAUGUCUCCAUCCACCCUUCCGCCCGCAUUCACCCCUCCGCAAAGAUUGGCCCGAACGUGACCAUCGGGCCGUACUGCACCGUGGAGGAAGGCGUUCGCAUCAAGGACUCGAUUGUGCUCAAGAACUGCCACGUCGAGAAGAACGCGUGCAUCCUGAACAGCAUCAUUGGAUGGAGCAGCGUUGUGCGGGCGUGGAGUCGUGUUGAAGGCUCGCCCGUUGGUGCGGACCCGAACAACCCGAGCACACACAUCAUGCAGAAAGCCCUCUUCAACCAGGAGGGCAAGCUCGAACCAAACAUCUCCGUGCUCGGUGAGGGCGUCACGGUGGACGAGGGGCGCAUGCUGCUGCACACGCUCGUGCUGCCCAACAAGGAGAUUACUCGCGACCACAAGAACGAAAUCAUCCUCUAAUCACACACACGCACACACACACACAUGUUGCUUGCUGUCUUUACAGCGUGUGUGUUUGCUUGUUCGCCCCAACUUGUUGCUUGUGCUUCUCGCGCAAUACACGGUUCGAGUGGA